AGCUUCCGGUUCCGGCGCAGCCCGGAAGUGGGCGGGCGGACGGCGGCUGCGCGCAGAGGAGGGGAGGAGGUGCCCGGUGGCCGCUUCCCGCCCCCGAGCGGAGCCGGUGCGGAGGGGAGCCGGUACGGAGCGAAGCCUAGGCGGCUGAGUGGCCGCUGCGCUCCCGCUAUGGCCCGGAACACGCUGUCCUCACGCUUCCGCCGAGUGGAUAUCGACGAAUUUGACGAGAACAAAUUCGUAGACGAGCACGAAGAGGCGGCGGCGGCGGCGGGCGAGCCAGGCCCCGACCCCUGCGAGGUAGACGGGCUCCUGCGGCAAGGGGACAUGCUUCGGGCGUUCCAUGCAGCCUUGCGGAACUCACCAAUCAACACCAAGAAUCAAUAUAAAGGGUUUGAGAAGCCCACAGAAAAUAGCAGUGCAGUGUUACUCCAGUGGCAUGAAAAGGCCUUAGCUGUAGGAGGACUAGGCUCCAUUAUAAGAGUUCUUACAGCAAGAAAGACUGUUUAAAAA